AUGAGCGGCGAUAUUUCAAUAGCGACAGGACAACCAUCGGACAAGAAAGAAAUUUUGGAUUUCCUUGUCAAGUACUUCCUUGCAGACGAACCAAUGAACCAGGCUGCAGGAAUCACUGCUAUGGAUUUCCUUCCUAUUGCCAACAUAAUCGCGACACGCUGCCUCCGAACGCCAUUUAGCGCUGUGGCACGAGAUAAAAGUGAGUAAAG